GUACAGGAAAACCGCGCCCUCCCGGGCCGGAUGAGAAACCCAUACCGACAAUCAAGGAAAAACGCAAGUGUUCGGCGUUCGGCGGUCUCUUGCCCCUCCCCACACUCGCAGGUAGGUGUCAGGACCUCUGGAACUCCCCGCCCAUCUCUCUCUCCAGGCUCCCUCUACUACCCUACCCGUGUCGGUAGUUCCCCCAGUCCAGCGUGCUACUAUGCUCGCGGCUUCCUCUACUGCUGCCAGUCUCUAAGGUCUAAAUGUUCGCGGUCGGCCUCUGCUGUUUGCCCUCGAGUUGGAUGUCCGAUAUAUCUUGCCGCAAGGUACGUGGACGACGCUCCCUAG